UGGGGUUGGUCCUCUGAACCAUACUCGGAUGUUCGUUGACUAUACCCAUGCUCCCUACGCCAAAUGGAAAUACAGUCCUUGAGCUAAUCAUGAACAUAAUUCGGGAAACUCGCCAAGUACGCAAACAGGACAAAAAUUGUCUCUUUGAACGGCAAGACUAAGCUAGCGGGUGGUGCAUGAAGGUGUCUUACAUAAUCACAAGAUGCUCCAACCUGUCUCGGCCAAGCGACCCCGCGCCUCACCUUGGAAUUGCAUAUUGUCUCAAGUAGCCGUCCAGUUACAUCUCCCCGCUUCCAAUUGUGUUGGAACUACAUUGAAGGUUACCAGUUAAGGCCUUCCUCAAUACUGACAAGCCAUCGACAACAACUCCUUGCCGCAAGGCGCACCUCCGGCCUGCUGUGCCCACCCGCCGCUUACCCCUCUAGCCGCGUCUCCAAAGUUGACGCCCAUCGAUAUGGCCUGGCUUCGUGCUUCGUUACCAGCUGGCGAGUCGCGUCUCUAUUUUCUCUGCAUCUUUUUCGGCAUUGGCGCAUCUGUCUGGGGAUACAACAUUGGCAUACUGUCUUCAGUGAUAGUCAGUUCAGGCUGGCGCGAAGCUCUACAUCAGCCAACCCGCGCUUUGAUCGGAACUGUAGUCAGCAUCUACUACACUGGAACCUUCAUCAGUUAUCUCUGCAUUUCUCAUCCGAUCACUGACUGGCUUGGUCGUCGGUAUGCCGCCUUGUCGGGAACAGCUUUCGUUUGCCUCGGCGCCAUACUGCAAGCCACAAGUGGUGGCAGUACAGCUCGCGGCACUAUGCUUGCUGGAAGACUCAUCAGUGGCGUUGGAGUUGCCGUCGUGUCUACAUCAGUGCCUUUAUACCAAGCUGAGAUAUCGCCGGCACACAAGCGCGGCCAUUUUGUAACGUUGAACCACGUCGGCUUCAUCGCUGGCAUAGCGCUGGGCUUCUGGGUUGGAUAUUUCAUGAGAUUCUGGUCCUCUGACGCAGGCCUUUUCUAUGGCUGGAGAUUGACUAUCCUCUUGGAAAUAAUCCCCGCAAUGGUCUUUGGGCUCGGGUUGCCCUGGGUCCCCGAAACUCCCCGUUGGCUCGUCGAACAUGGAAGGAAAGACCAGGCACGUUCGACACUUCGCUGGCUCCGCGAGGGAAGCUUCGACGACGAUGAAAUUGAGCAUGAAUUCUCAGCCAUCAUCAAGAGCGUCGACGAGUACCAUCAAUCCGGCAGCAACUGGCUUUCUUUGUUCCGACAGAAGCCAUUGUUUAAUCGUCUCUGGCGAGCUACCCUGCUACAAUUCAUGGCUUCAAGUUGUGGUGCUACUGCCAUUAAAUACUUCCUCCCAUGGUUAUUGGAGCAACAUGGCAUAUUCUCCCAUACUGCGUUGCUCAUCAGCGCUACCGAAUCAACAAUUAAGAUAGGUUUCACGGUUCUCGAGAUGUUUAUCAUUGAUCGGUUCGGACGGAGGAAAUGCCUCGUUGCUGGUUGUAUCAUCAUGGCUUUCUCACUGCUGAUCAAUGGAGCCGUGCCUCUCCUAGAUCCUCAGCGUAAAAUUCCAGCUACCGAUAUAAUCUGCGUGGCAUUCAUCUUUGUAUACGUCAUUGGCUUCUCCUUGGGAUUUGGGCCAACUGCAUGGGUCUACAAUACAGAAAUCUUUCCCACCUCGGUACGAGCCCGAGGCUUAAAUUUUGCCUCCGCUGGUGCCUCUGUUGGUUCUUCUAUUGUCACCAUGGUGUGGUCUGCGGGCAUCGGAUAUAUGGGCAGUAACAUAUACUUCAUAUUCAUGGUCGUGAACAUUAUCUGCAUUCCGGCCAUAUAUGCCUUCUUUCCCGAAACGAAGGGUCGGGAGUUGGAGGAUAUGGACGCGCUCUUCGGCGCCAUUGAAGCACGACGGAGUGAUGUCGAUAACCUCUCUGAGCAUCUCUUGCAGGAUGACGCUCCUUCCCGGGACUCCGUAGAAUCGGCAACCGGUACAAACAGAGAGUAGGAUCAUGAUCAAACUCUCGUGCAAUGAUUUUGUCCUGGGAUAAUGGGAGACUACCCAUCAUCUCCCUUGUCAUUCGAGCGUCACAUCAAGAAAAGUCAAGACCGGGACAUGACUUCAAUUUUCAUGCUCACUUAAUAUAAAGCGAAAUGAAAUAAAACGUGGAAUUCAAACUCGGCCACACCAGUUUGAACCCUACGUGGCACUGUCGCAAUAUCAUCUCUUAUU